AUGGGUCUACGAACUGUGGUGCACAAUCUCUAUGGAGACCUCUUUUCUGGAAAUGUGAUUUUCAAACUCUACGACCUUAUUAAAUCCGGAAGUGUGGAUUGGACACGGGUCAAUAGUUUCCUCUCCACCACGCCUGCGAAAGCAAACUUCCAGCAUCUUGGUAAGUUGCACUCUAGGGGUCAACACAGAGAAAUCAAUACUUAA